AUGCAGCUUCUUUCUGUCUUCGGUGCUUUGGCCCUGGUACCUGCCGUCAUCUCGUCUCCUGCAACAGGAUUCAAGCUUGCUACCCGCGAUGAUGACCGAGGCAGCCAGACUGUUCCUGGACUUGGGACUCGUAAGCAAGCAGUGAUUGGUGCCGGUGGCAACACCCGCGAUAUGGCUAUUGCGAUGCUGGAGACAGAUACCAUGACUACCGAUUACACAUAUGGCGACGGAAAGACUGGCGAUGGCACCAACUUUGGCAUUUUCAAGCAGAAUUGGUACAUGUUGCGCACCUCUGCAUCCGAGUUUUUGGGCGAGAGCAUGAGCCAGGUUGCCGAUGGCGCGAUUUUGAACUCCGACUUGGGCAAAGACAUCCGGGCCCGUCACGACGGCGAGAACAAGUAUGGCUUUGAUGUUUGGUUUGCUGGCCACCGCAAUGGACAGUCCGGUGUCGAGAGUCCUAACAGUUCGGACAUCACAGGAUACAAGGAUGCCGUUCUGUGGAUUCAACAGCAGAUCGAGAGCGAUGACAAGUACCAGAGUGAUGAUACUCGCUUCUGGGUCAAAGUCAAGGCCAUCUAA